GGGAAAGGGACAGACUAGGCGACAGAGGCGAUUGAGAAGCCUUUGAUGAGGACACUGGUGAUGAUCCUGCGAUCAGCUGCUCUAGCCGAGUUCUUCUUUGCCGCUGGGCUCAUUCAAGUCGCUGAAGACCCGUUCAAUAGGCUGCCGAGCAGCUCACACCCUUCCCAGUCAUGAGCACGAUUGUCUCUCAGCCACGCAUCAGGAAGGCCAGGCCCGCCGCGGUCCCCUUCUGCCUCCCAUUCCCCUUCCCACUCUGCAAAGUCCGCAACAACAAUGGCCGCACACACGUCACUGGAGCGGCGAUUGAGGACGAGAACGAUGACGCGCGGCCAGUCGAGUUCCCCCCGGCCACUCAGAGCAAUCCCUCGCCUGAUGGAAAUGCUCGUGGUGAUGCCCAUGCCAGUGCUACGCCAGUGGCAGUGGCCCUGCCGCCCCCCGAGCAGCCCGCUGACCAUGAUUUCGACCUCGCGACCGCUCUGGCGCCGACCACGCCCCCUCUCUCGCCAUUCGUCGCGCCAUGUGACGGUCCGCACGCCCACACGCAUCUCGCCGGAGUGCCGCAGAUUCAGAUGCUGUCGGGACACAGCGGCCGGACCAUCCCUAUCAACCUCGACGAGAACGCCAUGCUGACCGGCAAGCAGUACCAUCACCGGCGCGAGCCAAGUGGGGAGGGUUUUGUCGAUGGGAUGCACCCAGACUUCUCUGUGAGCCUGAUGGACGACCGGCAUUCGCAUGGGCAUUCUCAUGGCCAUAGGCGGGAGAGGGAACCGGACAAGCCGCCUGGCAGCGCACCACUGGCGGCUUCCCAGGUGGACUGGCUGACCCCGCCCCCCCAGCAGAAGCCGCUCGACCAGGCCGCCGCAUCUGGUUCCGCCCCCGUGUCGCCCUUCCUCUCCCCCUCCCUCCCCCCACUCCCGUCGGCCCCCGGCAGUGGAGCAGAGAUGCCUGGAGCCGACUCGCUGCCCGACCUGAUUCAGCUGCAAGACAAUGACGACAGGACCCCGGUGAACAAGCCGGGUGCGAGCCAGGUUGACCGCCAGGGCGCGGAGAAGCGGGAUGGGCUGGGGGGUGUGGGUGUGGGUGGCCGGUCGUUCGGUGAGGAGAGCUCUUACCGCGCCCCGCCGACCCCUGUGCUGGGCCCCUCCCCUCCCUCUAUAGCUGCUGUUGCCCGCCCCGCCCACCAUAUGGUCGUCGCCCAGAUGCCCUACCUGCCCCACCAUCACGCCUACCACCACCACCACGCGCACAUCGCAGCGGUAGCGGCCCCGCCCCCACACCCCCACUCCCCCGCCUAUGGCUACCACCAGAUGUCCCCUCCCCGCGCCCACAAUGCCGUCGCGCAUGUGCACGCGCCAGUCGUUCAUGUAGCGGCAGCAGCAUCACCGGCAGCGGCAGCGGCAGCGGCGGUGCAUUCGCCGGCCGUCCAUGCACACCCGCACCCACACGCACACGCGAUUGUACACGGCGGUCAGCAGCAUCAGCAGCACCAGCAGCAUGCACAUGCCCACGGCCAUGGCCAUGGCCAUGGGCAAGGUCAUGGGCAUAUGGCGGCUGCAUCGGCAGCUGCAGCAGCGGCUGCUGCUGAUGGUGGGGCUGGAGGUGGUGGUGGUGUUGUAGAGGGUUCUGGUUCUGGCAGAGGUAUGCGUGUGAAGGUGCCUGAGGAGCUGGAGGUGGCCAGGAGCGACCUCAUCUUCGAGAAACUCAUUGGCAGCGGCGCUACCGCACAGGUACACUCAUGAAGAAUCGAUGCUUGCACCGAACAGGCACACACCCUGUAUGACCUUUCUUUCCUUUGUGUGGUGGAUGGUGGAUGUGUCAGGUGUGGCGCGGCACGUUGCGCGGUACGGAUGUGGCGGUCAAGCAGCUGUCGGACGGGUUCAUCCUGCCCGACGGCAGUGAGGACGAGACGGCCCGCGACAACUUCACCAGGGAGAUGGAGGUCAUGCUCAAGAUACGACACCCAAACCUGGUGGGUAUCCUUCCACACACACACACACACACACGCAACACGACAGAGGGAGAGGGAGAGGGAGAGGGAGAGAGACAGCCGGUGUGUGAUGCGUUGAUGAGUACAGGUGCUGUUUAUGGGCGCGACGACGGCGUCUCGGCCUCUGUGUGUCAUUACCGAGUUCUGUAGAGGAGGUACAUAGCGGAGGGAGAGGGAGAGAGACGGAGAGAGACGAAUGUCGUUCAUAUGCCGUCUUGUGUGUGAUCGGUUUGCUGCGUGCAGGCAAUUUGUUUGAGUUGCUUCACCAACACCGGCACAUAGUCCUGUCGUGGCCGCAGCGGCUCAAGAUCGCAAUGGACAUAGCCAAGGCCAUGAUGUUCCUGCACACACACAAACCGCCCAUCAUACACAGAGACCUCAAAAGGUAGGUACACACACAGGAAAACACGCCGAGAUGCGAGUGUGCCACUGACGCACUCCCUGCCAUGCCCUCCUUGUCGUAUAAAUGCAGCCUGAACGUGCUGUUGGCCGACCCACUCCGAUCUCCCUACGACACCCCACAGGCAAAAGUGUCAGGUACGCUGCCCGCUUUCGACCAAACAGAGGCAUCACAUGCAGUCUCGUUGUUUCUGCGGUCGAUCAGACUUCGGUAUGAGUACGUUGAAGCGUCUGCAGGGCGGCGGCGAGCGUCGGAUGACCGGCUGGGCGGGGACGGUCAGCUGGAUGGCGCCCGAGGUCCUCGCAGGCAUGCCGCACUAUGACGAAAAAGUCGGUGAACACAGAAGGGGCGUUCAUGCAUGUCUGGAGGAGUGUCUGUCUCAAUGGGUGUCUGUCUGUGUGUAGGUUGAUGUGUACUCAUUCGGUGUGUGUCUGUAUGAGCUCGCCACGCGCACGCCGCCUUUCCAAGAGUACGAGCACCUCAACCCCGUAUCUGUUGGUGAGAACACCUCCCUGCCCCACAACACACAACACGCCACCUGUGUGUGUGUGUGUGUCUGUAGGUAUGAUGAUCUGCAACAACGGUGUGCGCCCCAACCUCGGUUUAAUUCCGCCUGACAUGCCCCCGCAGCUCGACUUCCUGAUGAAGAGCUGCUGGCAGCACCAGCCGCAGCUCAGACCCGACUUCGGACAGAUCAUCGCCAUUCUCAAACGACUCGGCGCUUAAGUAGAGGGAGGGGGGAGGGGGGGAGGGGAGGGUGUUUGUUUGUUUGUUUGGCGUCACGAUACUAAUUUGUCAAGAGCUGAAAAGACAAUGAGCCGGUCGGUGGGCAGACAAUGAAUGGGUGGGUGGAUGGUGGGUGGUGCAUUCAUUGACCAUGCAGGCAGUGAGUGUUGCGCAUGAUGUACGAACGCAUGUAUGUUAUCUGAGUAGAGAGGGAAAAGGCAAGAAGGGAGGGACGGAUCGAUGGGUGCAGUGGGUGAGACGGCUACAUUGGUUUUGGUUGGUUGGUUGGUUGGUUGUUUGGAUGGUUGGUAUGGCUGUCAGAGGUUGCUCUGACUGACGGCGAUGUGUGAGUGUGGGGAAGGAGGGGCGGACAAAUUUAUGAGUUGUCGCUGUGCAUAUGCAUUCCAUAUGUCUGCCUGCCAACGUACAGUACGGCCAUGCAUGGAUGGGACUCAAUUGAUCGCCUUCAAUGCCAUUCUGCAUGUA